CACGGUGGCUUGCAUCAGCCCCAUUUCCCGCAGAGGGUGCCAUGGAGAGGAAGCUGGCAGGGGCCUGGCCCUGGGUCGGGGGACUCCACGCAGGACCCAGGACUCUGCUCUGAGUUAGCAGCCCUGCAAGGAAGGAGAUUAGCUCUUCUCUGAUGAAGCCUGGAAUGGUCCCCCCUCCGCCCGGAGAGGAAAGCCACAUUGUCGUCCUUCCACCUGGCUGGCAGAGCUACUUGUCUCCCCAGGGCCGCCGUUACUAUGUCAACACGGCCACCAAUGAGACCACCUGGGAACGUCCCAGCAGUUCUCCUGGGAUUCCAGCCAGCCCUGGCCCUCACAGGAGCUCUCUGCCUCCAACAGUGAAUGGAUACCACGUGGCAGGGACCCCAGCGCACCCUCCCGAGACUGCCCACAUGAGUGUCCGAAAAUCCACCGGUGAUUCCCAGAACCUGGGAUCCUCACCACCAGGCAAAAAGCAGAGCAAGGAAAACACCAUCACGGUAAACUGCGUGACGUUCCCUCACCCAGACACGAUGCCGGAACAGCAGCUGCUGAAGCCGACCGAGUGGAGCUAUUGUGACUAUUUCUGGGCUGACAAGAAGGACCCCCAAGGCAAUGGCACCGUGGCUGGGUUCGAGCUCCUGCUUCAGAAGCAGCUGAAGGGCAAGCAGAUGCAGAAGGAAAUGUCAGAGUUCAUCCGGGAGAGGAUAAAGAUCGAAGAAGAGUACGCGAAAAACCUAGCUAAGCUCUCUCAGAACUCCUUGGCUGCGCAGGAGGAAGGUUCCCUGGGAGAGGCGUGGGCCCAGGUGAAGAAGAGCCUUGCGGAUGAAGCAGCAGUCCAUCUCAAGUUCUCCGCCAAGCUGCACAGCGAGGUAGAGAAGCCUCUGAUGAACUUCCGAGAGAACUUCAAGAAGGACAUGAAGAAGUGUGACCACCACAUCGCCGAUCUCCGCAAGCAGCUGGCCAGCCGCUACGCCGCGGUGGAGAAGGCCCGGAAGGCCCUCACGGAGCGGCAGAGGGACCUGGAGGUGAAGACCCAGCAGCUGGAGAUCAAGCUGAGCAAUAAGACGGAGGAGGACAUCAAGAAGGCACGGAGGAAGUCCACGCAGGCUGGAGAUGACCUCAUGCGCUGUGUGGACCUCUACAACCAAGCCCAGUCCAAGUGGUUUGAAGAGAUGGUGACCACAACACUGGUGAGGGGACAUAGAGGAGCUGGAGCGGCUGGAGGUGGAGAGGGUGGAGAUGAUCCGGCAGCACUUGUGUCAGUACACGCAGCUGCGGCACGAGACGGACAUGUUCAACCAAAGUACAGUCGAGCCUGUGGACCAACUGCUUCGAAAAGUGGACCCAGCCAAAGACAGGGAGCUGUGGGUCAGAGAGCACAAGACGGGCAACAUCCGUCCCGUGGACAUGGAGAUUUAGACGGGCACGCACGGCCUCGGGGGUCCUGCCGAGGAGAGGGGCGGGGGGUCCCAUGGAGAGGAGGUGGCUGCGCCCGCCACGGGGCCCGCUGCCGAGUGCAGCUGCCCUCCCACCCACUGUCCUGGUCCUGGUCCUCUGAGCUGGUCAUUCCAGAAGGGCAGCCCUGCUGGGAGCUGCCAGUGUGCCCAGGCCGAGAAGACGGACCCACAGCCCUGCCCUUGUCUCCAAGGCUGGAGCCCCCCGACUCCUGUGCUGUGCUCACUGCUCCAAGGACAAACUGGGGCUGGAGCUUUGUGGUCCCUGCCGAGCACAGGAGGGGUCACCUCCCCACCCAGAGCCAGCCGUAUCACACACUUGUGACCCUGGAAGCCCCAAGGCCCUUUGUCUAGCUGGCCCCCUGUGUCCCGUGCUUUGGAGGGUCAUGGCAGAAAGGUCCCUGUCUCCAACCAAGUAUCAGGAUCAGAAUUGUGGAUGGAAGGCACUGUUCAGCAAAACAGCCCCCACCCAGAGUUCUUUGCAGCCCACCCUCUUUGUUUUCCCGCGGCAUUCUGGGAGCCUGCAUCCUGGCUCUUUGCCACUUUUCCAUCAUCUGGGCUCUUGGGAGUAAGGCCUGGCUCCUUCCUGUGCAGCCCGACCCGCCUGGAGAGGUCAGGCUGGAACUACCUCAUGCAGCACAUCAGCCCGAGUCCGAGUGUUGAGUUGUUUCUCCUGCUAGGUCAGGGAUCUUCUGUAAAGUCUCCGGGCUGGAAACCCCAAUCCAUCCAACCCGUAGCCGCUUCCUCACGAAGCUCCCUCCUGCCCCCCCGCCGCCUGCCUCCCAGGCUCUUCGCAGGGCGGGCUCAGUCCCCUGUGGGAGACGGAUUGGGAGGGGUCUUCAUCACCCCCCACCCCGAGGGCUCCACCUGCUUGUGCAUGGCGGGGGUGGGACCCCGUGUGGCUUUCUCUCCCUGGUGGGCGCUGCACGGGCAUGGCAGACUCUCACGGCCACAGCGGGGUGUCCCCUUCCAGGCAGUGUCCUGCCACCCUGGCCUCAGCUCGUCCUGCACGUUCCAGAGCCCUGCACGGAGCCCCGCUUGGUGCUGGUACCACCUUCCCCUUUCCCCACCUCCUGAUUCCUGGGAAAGCCGGGUCUGAGCAUGACGUGGGAAGCAUUCAGCACUCCGUGCGUCAGUCCCCCACUUUACAGAAACACAGCAAACACGUUCUCCACUAUGUCAAACCCUGAGAAUCCACACCAGGGGACCGGAAGAAGAAAUGACGCCCCUCUCCCACCCCCGAAGGUGGUCACGGGGCCAGCAGGGGGCAGAUCCUAGCCCAGAACCCAUGCCCUGAGAACCCGUCCUUCUUAGCUCAUCUUUUCCUUUGAUUACUUUGGAGGUGCAGGACCCAUACGCCCCCUACAAACCCCCAGGUCCCUCGGGCUUCAUGCCAGGAAUUGAUGACUUAUCUUGAGUCUUUCGGCACAUCUUUCGCGGAGUCAGAAUAAUGUGCUCGCGGUUUAGAGUAGAAAGAUGCCCAAUGUCCUAGAGUAAGCCACACUUUGUCAAUUGUCCUAUCGAACCAUCCCAACCAAAAAGGUCAGUGUGGAGGAUGGAUCUGUCCCUGGCAGGGAGGACUGCUCCUUCCGGAUUGGGGGUUGGGCCGGGACACCAGCGACCAAUUUUAGGAUGUUUUUGUUUCUCUAUGAAAAAUGGGUGCUGGUAGUAAUUGCCUUGUGGCUUAGUGGACUGAUUUGUGGGUGAUUUUCCAAUGUUCAAAGCCAAUAGCCUUGUUACUAACACGAUAUUUUGAGUGUGA